GAUCGACAAAUGUCAUCUCAUCAAAGAUCGAGUUUGAACUUCGAGAUAACAAGAACGACCGAACCGAACAAUUGACCAAUCAAGUUAUCAUUAGUUUAUUGUGUUAUUGUGGAUUUAUAUCAACAAAAAUUGUUUAAACAACAACAAAAAUUGUUAUAUUUAUUCUUAAUUAAUAUUGUAUUAAUCUUCUCCACCGUUUAAUGUUUUAAACUGUGUUAUACUUUACAAAAUUAGAGCAUUGUUUUUAGGUUAGGAAAUGGCGUCGUCACUAGAAAAUUUGGAAACCCAAUUAGAAAUGUUUAUUGAGAAUGUACGACAGAUUCGGAUUAUUGUUGCAGACUUUCAACCUCAAGGGCAAAACGUACUGAACCAAAAGAUCCAAUCCCUUGUAUACGGUCUGCAGGAAGUUGACAAACUACGAUCUCAAGUUCAGGAUGUUCACGUACCAUUGGAGGUUUUUGACUACAUUGACAAUGGCCGUAACCCACAGUUGUAUACCAAAGACUGUAUCGAAAAGGCACUCACCAAGAAUGAGCAGGUGAAAGGAAAAAUUGAUGCUUACAAAAAGUUCAAAGGACAAAUGCUUGUAGAACUAAACAACGUGUUCCCCAAUGAGCUGGCAAAAUAUCGUGCUAUUCGUGGUGAUGACAGAUCUGUUUCUUGAAGCAAAUGCUAUUAAGUGAUAUUACAAAAAAAUACGUUAAUCAUUAUAAUAUAUUGUGAACAAUUUUUUACCAUGUGCAUCUGAAUGUCUAUAAUAAACAUUAUUGAUUAAUACUAAUGUAA